AUGACUGAGCGUACACUCGGCAAAUAUGAUGUGUGCAUCGGUGAUCUGGGCAAAGAGGAGAAGAGCUUCUCUGACGUUGAGUUUCGCCAAGAGUUCGCCAGAAUUAUGAACCGCACGCGGGCCGUGAACGAACGCAGAGCGUUGAGAGCCAACAACACGCCAAACGCCGGCGCCCUGCACGGCAGGGAGGUCAGUCUCGGCGUUCCCAUCCUCGCCAAGGGCAACUCGUCGUUGAGCCUAAUGCUGCCCGCCCUCGACAUGGCGCUCGAGCAUCUUUUGCACACAAUUCCCGCGCUCAAUGGAGUCUUCUUCAAGGCGCUGCCCAUCGAAAUGGUCCAGUCGAUGGGCUGUGACGAUCUCUCCGUCUCGGAGCAACUCGAGAACGGCAACGUCGACGCGUUGAUAGGGCCGGUCGAGGAGUACGUGCUGGCCAGCACGGCGCGCUACUCUGCCAGCAUCUACAACAUAGCCCUUUUCACACCUUCCGGCUUGGGAUCGGCCUUUGAACGGCCCGAGUACUCGUCCCUCAUGACACGAACCCUGCUCAGCUACGCCAGUCUCAAAUGGAUCUACAGACUCAUCUUUGAUCGAUUCAAUUGGAAGGCCGGCCAGGCCACUCCCAUUGUUCUCUUCACCUAUCCGUCCAGUCUGUCAAUUGUCAGGCAACAGUGCGUCUCGCUCAGGGACGCUUUGAAGGAGAGUCAAUACCGGCUUUACGAGCACACGGCUCCAGAUCCGUUUCAUCUUUUCACCAUCAAGCCGUUACGGGCAAGGGGUAAGCGUUGGCAACUGCCCAUUCUGGUCACGUGGUUCAGCCCAUUUCCGCACACAGAUUGA